AUGAGUACCAUAAAGUAUAAAUUAUGCAGCUUGCCCGCUUCGAAGGAAUCGGCGGUUUCAUGGGCCAGGGAGAAGGGACUUCUUCGUACUACAAAGAAUUGUAGUACCCAUCGACGGCCCAUGAGGCUUUAUGCAGGCGGGGAACACGGACUUGGCCGUUUCCGAUGCCCUGCUGGCCGCGGUAACUGCAAGCAGUACGCGGCCACAGUCGAUUCCUUCUUUCAGGAUGUCCGUCUGCCGUUGCAUAAGGCAAUAAAGCUUAUGUAUUGCUUCACAUCUGACUUCUCCUACGAGGUUACCGCAACGGAGGUAUCCGACGUAGGAGAAGAUCAGGAAGUUUUAUCAACGGACAGGAUUGCAGCGUGGUUCCGCUAUUGUCGGGAGAUGAUAGUGGACCACGUUUGCAAAAUGCAAGCGGGCAAGCCGAAAUUAGGCGGGAUCGAUGAAGGAGGUUCUGCAAUCGUUGUACAGAUCGAUGAGGCCAAAUUCGGCAAGCGGAAGUACAACCGUGGCCGUAUCAUCGACGGCCACUGGGUACUUGGCAUGGUCGACACAUCGACCAACGAUUGCAGAAUGGUUGUCGUUGAAAACCGGGAAGCGGCAACCUUGAUCCCCCUAAUCAAAGCAAAUGUUGCUGCAGGCAGUGAGAUCUAUACGGACUCAUUUAGGAGUUACAUGGGUCUCGCUGCUGAAGGAUUCACCCAUAAGAUGGUGAAUCAUAGCGUCGAAUUUGUUGGUAAUUAUUUCAGUUUGGUUAGGCCACAUCAGAAUUUCCGGCCGCCGUAA